UUAAGGGAGGUUGACUUAAAUGAUCACCAACACUCGAGCAACGUUCCCCUAUAACACAUCGGUUGUCCCAAGGUAGUGCAAGCAGACGGAGCAUUGCCUUCACGGGCCUUGUAGCCACGUGGACCUCCCUGCUCGGUGCCGCCUCUCAGUACCUUCCCCUAUUCCCCUGAAGGUGUUCGCCAGAGAUGCGGACGUGGGCAUGAACGGUGACCUGGACUACAGCAUCAGGACCGGCAAGGGCAAGAAGGGCCGCUUCAAGAUCCACCCGAAGACUGGCCAAGUGUUCAGCAACAAAGCCUUUUCCCCGAGCAAGACCUUCGAUUUGAUGAUCCAGGUGAAGGACAACGGGGCGCCGCAGCUGACGGCCACCACGCGGGUCCUCGUGCGUGUGAUGGACGUGCCCGAGGAGUCUCCCAACCCGCCGGUCCUGCAGCCGCCGCCCCCCGCCCACGUGAUGGAGACGGACGCGCCGGGCCACCUGGUGUCCUUCAUCAACGCUCGGGACCCGGAUAACGACACCUUGUGGUACUACAUCACAGAGGGUGACGAGAGCGGCCGGUUCAGCAUGGGCGUGGACUCUGGCCUGGUGAGCCUGGCCCGCCGCCUGGACCACGAGGAGCAGCACCACUACGCCCUCACCGUCACGGCCACAGACGGCGUCCACACCGCCGCCACCAAGCUCGUGGUGGAGGUGAUGGACGCCAAUGAUCACCGCCCGGUGUUCAGCGCCAGGACCUACGAGGGUGCCGUGAGCGAGGACGUGGCGCCGGGGUCCACCGUGGUCACCCUGCAGUGCCGAGACAGGGACCAGUCACCCACGGCGUCCUCCGCGGUGUACUUCACGCUGCACCACGCCCAGGCCUUGGCGUCCCAGGGCCUCUUCACCGUGGACUCGUUCACUGGUGACCUCAUCGUGGCCGAGCCCAUGGACAGGGAGGUGUCCAGCGUCCACGAGCUGACCGUGAGCUGCAGGGACCGCGGCCGACAGGAGAACGCAGACUUUGCCCGCGUGUCCGUGACGGUGGAGGACGCCAACGACCACGAGCCCGUCUUCCUGGAGCCCAUGAUCACCGCCAAGGUGAGCGUGGGGGCCGCGGCGGGCACGGCGGUGGUGCGGGUGAUGGCGCUGGACCACGACAAGGGCGACAACGGCAGGAUAUCCUACUCCAUCUUCGAGGGUAAUGCUGGAGGAAUCUUCAACAUUGACACUGCCCUCGGCGUGAUCAGCCUCACCCGAACCCUGGCCGAGGCCCAGCCCCCGGAGUAUCUGCUGCUGGUGCGGGCCACGGACCACGCCGCGCAGGCCCGCGCCGCCUCGGUGCCGGUCCGGGUCAUGGUGACCGCCUCGCAGAGCUCGCCGCCCUCCUGGCAGGGCAAUAAGCCGCACGUGGAGGAGGUCGGGGAGUGGGUGGCGGUGGGCACGGACGGCCCUGGCGCGCGUCACGGCGUCCUCACCGUCGGCCCUCCACUACUCGCUGACGGGCGGGAAUGAACACAGCGCCUUCG